CUCACUGAUGUGGAUGUGAGUACAGUGACUGAGGAUGCAGUGUCGGUCUUAUUUCACUGCAACACCUGGUUUAUUCCAGCCCUAUAAAACAGCCUCGCGUUCCCGUAAAAGGAGGCUACUAGGCUUUACUUUACACAUCUACGACCCUAAAACCAAUGGACGAUGGCGGAUGAUACGGAGGAUGUUGAGCUGGACUUUGCUGCUGACGAGCAGGAGAGGGCGCGUAGAAGCGCAGUCAUAAGACACCCCCUUGCCUCCUUUUUUCACCUGUUCUUCCGGGUGGUUGCCAUUGUCGCCUAUUUGCUCUGUGACUGGAUCAGCGAGAACUUUGCAUCGUGCUUUGUGCUGAUCAUCACUCUGCUCUCUUUUGACUUCUGGUCUGUCAAGAAUGUGACUGGCCGGCUGUUGGUGGGCCUACGCUGGUGGAAUCAGAUCGAUGAGGAUGGAAAGAGCCUCUGGGUGUUUGAAGCCAAAAAAGCCUCCCAGGGCAAAAACACUGGAACAGAGGCAGAGGCAAGGAUAUUUUGGCUGGGACUCAUCGUCUGUCUUCUCAUAUGGACAUUCUUCUUCUUCACCUCCCUCUUCUCCCUGAAGAUUAGAUGGCUGUCACUUGUGGUAGCUAGUAUUUCCCUCCAAGUGGCUAAUCUCUAUGGCUACCUACGCUGCAAAGCAGUGGGAGAGGAUGGCCAGCCUGCAAACACCCGCUCUUUCAUGGGACAGCACCUCCUGCAGCGUCCAGACAUAAUCUUUGGAAUACUAUGAAGAUUACCUCCUUCUUUACAGCCACGUGUGUGUGUCCGUGUGUGUGUCCGUGUGUGUGUGUGUGUCCGUGUGUCUGUCCACAGACUGUAUCUACUGGAUGGCUGUGCCUUGUGCAUGUCAUGCUGCUGAGUGUUCACUUCACAUGUUGCCAAUGAAUCAGUCUGACUAUUAUGUCAAUAAAAGAUGAGAUCAU